AAAAAAAGCUGAAAAGCGGUGGUCGGUCGAAAAAUUGAUAUAAUUUUCGCUUCCUAAUCUCCGUUCCGGUGACUGAAAAUGACCCUUUACCAUUUCGGAAACUGUGUGGCAUUGGUUUACGUACCUUACUAUUUCACGUACAAGUAUUCCGGGCUAUCCGAGUAUGGAGCAUUUUGGAAGUGCGUGCAAGCUGGAGGCAUUUAUGUGUUCACGCAGCUUUGCAAAAUGCUGGUCCUUGCUACGUUCUUCCCGGACACCGACACCUUCAGCGAGGGCGCUCCGUUCAACUUCAUAGCCGAAUUUUUACGCUGCAGCGUUGAUCUGGUCGAUUUGCUCGGAAUGGCUUUCGUGCUCUCGCGAAUCCCAGGAAAGGGCCAUAGCAAACUCAUCACUGCCGGGUUAGGUUGGGCUGCAGCCGAAGUUGUACUUUCUCGCGGACUGAUGCUCUGGUUUGGAGCACGUGGGGCCGAGUUUUCGUGGAUCUACAUUCAGCGCUGCCUGGAAUCGAACGUUCUGCUUAUCCAGCAUCUGUCGACAGCCACUUUGUUGUGGUUGUUCUCGCGGCACGAUGUUGACCGAAAGUAUGCUCCGGUGGUUGUGAUGCUUCUGGUGGCCACUUCAUACCGUGGCGUUUGGCUCGAGGGUAUGCUGCACGCUGUGUCGGCCGGGCCCUGGCUUAGCCUUGCCCUGAAGGCCCUUAUCACGAGCUGCAUAGGAGUAGUUUCAUUACAUAUUUAUUCGGGACUUGCUCAGCUUAUUGGUUUGUAGUUCUGUGGCAACUCAUCAUACCAUGUUGAUUUUGUUAUUCUGAUACUUUUGGGUUAGUAAGUCAUUCGACAAUAAAAUAUCAAAGUAAA